AUGUCAGAUUCAUUUGAUUUAAAAGAAGGAGAAGAUUUUAUUUUAAAUGUACUAUAUGAUCAAAAUAAUAAACUUAAAGUUAGUGUCAAAUAUACUUUAUCAUCGUCGACGUCUAUGACAUUAAAACCAUCACCACCAAUACAACAACCUGCUUCACUAGCUCCUGUUUCUGUUUCCACUGGUACAUCAUCAUCUAUGACUAUUCCUUCUGCAAAUACCCAAACACCAGCAUCACAAACAAAUUCUCGUAAACGUGGUCAUUCAUCAUCUCAAGUAGCAUCAUCACAAAAAACGAAAAGAAAUCGUUCUUAA